AUGGGGUCUAAGAAAAAACAAAAAGUCUUAGCAGUUGAGUCUAAGGAGGUAGAUGGAAACUUCACUGUCUCAAACUUUACCUAUGAUCGUGGUAGGGUCCGAGAGCUUGCUGCUCAUAUGAUACUUUACCAUGAAUAUCCAUUCUCUAUGAUGGAGCAUGUGGUAUUUAAUAAAUUCAUGAGUGCAAACACUCCAUAUUGGGAAAAAAUGUCACGGGCUCUUGCAAAGAAAGAAUGUAUGAGAACUUAUGAGAAUGAAAAGGCUAAGUUAAGGACUUUGCUUAAACAUGUGAAUAAAGUUCAUAUCACAACUGACAUGUGGACUUCCUGUCAAAAACUUUCAUAUAUGGUAGUGACAGUUCAUUUUAUAGAUGCUGAUUGGCAUCUUCAGCGGCGUGUGUUGAACUUUUGUAAUGUGCCACCUCCACAUACUGGCCUUCUUAUUGCUGAUGCUUUAGAAAAGUGUUUCCAAACUUGGGGGAUUGAGAAUAAAAUUAGUUCAAUUAUUGUUGACAAUGCUAGUUCUAAUGAUGUUGCCAUUCGGAUCUUGAAAGAAGAUUUUAGGUUGAAGAGAACAUUGACUGUAGGUGGGAAACUAUUUCAUGUACGUUGUUGUGCACAUAUAACAAAUUUACUUGUACAAUAUGGAUUGGGGGAGAUUAGGGAUAUUGUUGAUUGUGUAAGAGAUGGUAUAAAAUAUUUGGUAGCAUCAGAGAAUAGGCUAAAACAGUUUAGUGAAAUUGCAAAACAGUUGCAAUUGCCUUCAAAGAAACUGAUUUUAGAUGUGCCUACAAGAUGGAACAGCACUUAUUUAAUGUUGGAUGCUGCAAUUCAGUUCAAAGAAGUUUUCCCUAGAUAUGGUGAUAGAGAUAGAUGUUUUGAAUGGGUUCCAACUGUUGAAGAGUGGGGGCAAGUUGAAAAUGUUUGUCAACUACUAGCUAUUUUCAAUGAAGUCACCAAUAUUGUAUCCGGAAGUGAUUACCCAACAGCAAACUUAUUUCUUUCUGAAGUUUGGAGAAUGAAGGACAUCUUAGGUAAGAAGAGUAGAGAUGAGAAUGAGUACAUGAAAUCAAUGGUAAGGAAAAUGAGUGCUAAGUUUGACAAAUAUUGGGGGGAGUGUAAUCUAUUGAUGUCAAUUGCUGCAGUCUUAGACCCUAGAUUCAAAAUGGUCCUGAUCCAGUUUUGUUUUCCUUUAAUUUAUCACAUGCCGAAUGCUGCUAAGAAUAUCGAUCAUGUCUCUCAAGUGUUGCAUGAGUUAUAUGAUGAGUAUGUUCAUGAAUACAAUUCAACUCUUGAGGCACAAAGAGAGCAGGAUAAUGCUCGAAUGAAUGUAUCUGGUUCUUCCUCAAGUGUCGGGACUGGGAGAAGCAUGCAGAGUGGCCAGUCAUUAUUUAAAUCUUUUGUUAGGAGUGUUGAUACCGUGCAGCCUAGUAAAUCAGAACUGGACAAUUAUUUAGAGGAGAGUAUAUAUAUCUGUGAAGAGGGUUCAGAUGCAAGUUUCAAUGCCUUGGAUUGGUGGAAAACAAAUAGUCUCAAAUUUCGGACUUUGUCCAAAUUGGCCCGAGAUAUAUUAGCUACCCCAAUUACCACAGUUAGCUCAGAAUCAACAUUCAGCGCAGGAGGCAGAGUGAUUGAUCCUCAUCGAGCGUCAUUGUCAACUGAAACUGUCCAGAUGUUGUUAUGUGGGUCUGAUUGGGUUAGAGCAUUAUAUGGGCUUAAAAAAUCAUCAAGCAAUUCUAAGGAUGUUCCAUCAGAAACUCAGAUUCUCUUGCCAUAG